CCGCCUCUAGCCCGAGCGGGUGGGAGGGGAACAGGAAAGAGGCCGGGCAUGUCUAGUAAGGGCGGAAGUGACUCCACGGCUUCCGGUCAGAGCCGGUCAAGUAGACAGCGACUGGAACCACCGGUUUCUUGGGCUACGCUGGUUCAUCUACUGCGCCAGUGCGUUUUCCUCUUCCGUUUCCGUUUCCUGAAGUGGACCGCCCAUGGUUGCUAGGCAACAGCCCCGGGUGGCUUUGCCUUAGGGUCCGUGAGCGCUUCCGGCCGAAGAAAGGAGCCGCCGGCGUCCUGACCUGGGAAAAGAGGCCGCGUCGCCGCCGGCAUUCCUGAAGGUGGAGGGAGGAAACUUGUACAAAGUAAGACUGACAGUGAGGGAUUCAUUGGAUUAUUUCAAGAUGAGCUUUCUGUUGCCCAAGCUGACUAGCAAAAAAGAAGUCGACGAGGCAAUAAAGAGCACUGCAGAGAAGGUGUUGGUUCUCAGGUUUGGGAGAGACGAGGAUCCUGUCUGUCUGCAACUAGAUGACAUUCUUUCUAAGACCUCUUCUGACUUGAGUAAAAUGGCUACUAUAUAUCUGGUGGAUGUGGACCAAACUCCAGUCUAUACACACUAUUUCGACAUCAGUUAUAUUCCAUCUACUGUGUUUUUCUUCAAUGGGCAGCAUAUGAAAGUGGAUUAUGGGUCUCCAGAUCACACUAAAUUUGUGGGAAGUUUCAAAACCAAACAAGACUUCAUAGAUUUGAUUGAAGUAAUCUAUCGAGGAGCAAUGAGGGGAAAACUUAUUGUCCAAAGUCCAAUUGAUCCCAAGAAUAUUCCCAAAUAUGACCUUCUCUAUCAAGACAUUUAGCACAUUAACUACCGUCAAAGCUGAAGAGAAAGGCCCAUCUCAAAACGGUACGCGAAGGCAGCUGUGCUGUUUUCCGGGUCCUUCGGAAAGAUGCUCAGCGUCCCAGUGGAGAGAGGUUUGACUUGUAUAGAAAAUACUGGCCUGAGUGGAAGACCCUGCAGGACUGUGAUGACCUGGGGAGCCUAAGUGUUUAUUCCCCACAAACCUCAGAGCAGUCAAGUCAACUGUGGUCAAUUUCCCUGCAUGAUUUGUUUGACUUUUCUUUAUAUUGUGCUUUUCUUUAUCUCUUAACAUAAUACAGAAUUUUCCUAAACAUUGGCUAGUACAAUUUGAUUUAACUAUAUUUAUUUGACACACAAGUAAAAUGGAAAGAACAAAAAUACUUAUUUUCUACUCUAUAUGUACAUACACACACCUCUUUCUCACCCUCAACCUUGCCCAUUCCUCCACUCACAUAUUUCUAUUACUCAUGCUCUCUGAUCUCCAGUCCUAAUUAUCCCAGUUUCUCUUGGAAUGAAUAAUUCUCCACUGAUAGCAGGCAAGUUUGUUUUAUUUUGGAGCCUUCCUGGUUCACACUUUGAAAACAGUGUCCUGGUUUGCAAAUUUAGUAGCUUUUGUGCUAUUAAAUUACCCAGGAAGUGAGACUUGAACCUUAACCAUCCAGCACCCAAUUUAAGCUAAACAAAGAAUUAACUACCCUUAGCAAGUAGGAACAGAGCUCUCCCAGAAGUCAGAGUUCCACCUCUUCCUGAGACAAAACUGCUUCAAGGGCUCAUGAGUAGAAAGAGAGAGAGAAUCAGAAUUGUUAGAAAGCGUAGGGGCUGCUUUCCCCACUUGGAAGAAACCUACUCUCUACAGGAGUCUGCAUUCUUGUCGUAUGUAGCUUGUUAAUACUAAUAAAGGAAGAGAGCCAAAGGGAAGCCAGACACUGGAAGCAUGGUCAUCUGGGCAGCUUUGCCAGGAAACUACAGGUUCACGCUCCCCAGGGAACCACCAUGCCAUUCCCUGCAGAUCACGGGAAAGCAUCAAACAAAAGGGGAGGUGGACGUCUGUGCAGUGAAGUCGGUGAUGUAGGGGAGGUGCUUAUCUGUCAGUCUAGCCUGGGGAGCAAUGGAUUGGCUAGGAGGGUGGAGCCACCACAAGUGCACAAAAUCUUGGAAGGUUAAAAUCCCCAAAGAGUUCCUUCUCUCUUGCUCUUGCUUGCUUGCUCUCUUGCUCCAUGACCCACGCUUGCCCGUGCCUUCGCCUGUUCUCUCUCCAUUGCUGUGGCCUUAAGCAGCUGAGUGGCCUCUGGCUAUGCAGAUUCUCACAAAGCGGACUACAGCUAGGACCACAAGCUAAGCAAGCCGGAUGCUGGACUGGACUUUAAUAUGGAGCAGGAACUCUGGUCAGUGGCCUUCAUUCUGGCCCUGCUGAAGACAAGAUUGGACUUCUUCCACGGCGAGACGGACAGAGAUGGGACCUUGGAGGAGAGCCCCCUUAAUUUUACAUCAUUAAUACAGCUUUCCAGGAAACCUCAUCCUCUCGCAGGGACCUCAGGGAAUUUUUUCCUCGCAGCAUCCCAAGAACUCCACUUGCACCAAUAAUAAACACAAGCUAUCCCAAGUUUUCCAUUUCACAAAGAAAUGCUCUUCAGGGACUCCCAGAAGAAAGAUUCCAGAACCCUUUCAGACAGGAAGCUCUUUUUCUAACUAAACUCUUCCGCUAUAAACCUUUAGUACAUCGCCCAGCCAGCAUGGCUCAGUGGUUGAACGUCAACUAGGAGAUAACAGUUCGAUUCCUGGUCACGACAAAUAACCAAGUUUUGGGCCGAUCCCCAGUGCGGGCACGUAGGAGGCAGCCGAUAAAUGAUUAUCUCUCAUCAUUGAUGAUUCUGUCUCUCCCUUCCUCUCUGAAAUCAAUAAAAAUAUUUUAAAAAAAUGAUGCAGCAAGGAGCUCAGCGUUUGUAUUCAGACAGACCUAGAUUUAAGGUUCAGCCUUGCUACUUAAUAGCUGCGUAACCUUAAGCAAAUCGUGUAACUUCUCAGAGUCUGUGUUCCCUGUCUGUAAAACAAGGGGAAUGAUGACCUUUCUGAGAGCUCCCUCAGUAGGCACUCAGUCAGUGAGUGUGACCGGCAGUGGGACAGUUUGUACCACCAUAGGGCUUUCCAGUCGGCCUGCAGUGUUUCUGACACAUUCCCAGUACACGCUGUGCCACUUGGCUGCUGCUGUACCAUAAAGGAAAGGAUAAAAAGGUCCAAGCCCCUGGGCCCCCCAAAAAGAAAAAAAAACACAGAAAUGAGUGAAAAGAAAGCUCUUUAUUGUUUGGCUUAGACAUGCAGGGCUGGAGCCCGUCGGUUUCACACCAGCUUUUAUCCCUCCACCCCCAUCCAGUUUCCCCUCUUCCAGAGUGAAAUCUAGCACACGUUAGUUGUCGGCCGUGGUUUUCCGAAUCCAGUCCAGGAUGGAGUGCACCUUCACAUACACACCGUACUCGGCCACACUACAGCUCUUAUCAAAGCUCAGGAUCCCCGCCGCAUACCAGGUGUCGUCAUCAGUGUCAUGGACAGCAAAGGCGCUGCCAGCAUCCCCAAAGCAGGUGUCCUCCUCGUACUUGGUCAGGCCAGCGCAGAAGGUGUGCUCGUUCAGUAUGGGCUGCACCCCCACAGGGCUCUUGGGCUCCUUCUUUUCGGGCACCGUGCUCUUUUCAUAGUGCCGCACACAGCUGUCCUGGUCAGCCACAGGCAGCAUGACGUACUUCAGGAGCUGGGUGAAGUUAAAGUUGGCGUUUCGUCCCCAGCCAGACACAUAACCCAUACGAUUCACUUCCGCAUAAUCUUUGGAAGGUAGGCAGAUGGGCAUUACUUUCUCACCCACGGGCACCUUCUGUUUGAGUUUAAUGAGCCCGAUGUCGACCUCGAGGUAGUUAGGGUGGAGAAUCACCUUCUCAACCUCCACAAGCUGCUGCUUCCCCACAUAGAGCCUUAGAGUAGGGGCAAUAUCUUUUGCUUUUGCGUCUUCCGAAUGACCCAGGAAGAGGUUCUUAGCCGUGGUCAGCAGCCAUUGCUCGCUGAUGAGUGUGGCCCCCGUGGUGAGGUUAUGAUGCGAAAUCAUCUUGGCCUGCCAGGGAAAGCUGUCUUUGGCAUCCACCGAGCCACCCAGGAUCCGCUGGACCUGAUCUACCGGGUUCUUGGGCUUCCCGCACACUGUCAAGGAGAGCAAGGAAAUCAUGAGAAACGCGAGGAUCUCCCCGUCUGGGAGGGGGGGAAAGCUUCGGCUGUCACUGCGGUCUACAUGAUCAUUGUUCAUCUCUUCCGAGCCAGGAGUGUUUACACGCUUUGCUUUACCAUCUGUCCUCUUGUUUCCAGUGUUUACCGUCAGUUGUUUCUAUCGCUAAGACAGAGCUCCAUUACUGCUUUCCUAACUCACCAAAGAAACAAGUAAUGCUGAGAUUGAGAAACCCUGGCUGAUGAGCUGUAUGUAUAUUCAACAGUUUGUCACAACAAGGACAUGUCCACCAUUCCUUGAAAUUCAUUAUAACUCAUUCUCUCUGAAUAAAGAGGGAUCUAUUGUAGCAUUGGCCAGAACUCAGAUACUGCAAGUAAUACAAGGCAGGUUAGCAGUUCCACACCACUAAUAGCAGAAGAGGGCAGGCAAAACCCUCCUGUUCCAAGAGGGAAAAAGAGCAAUAGCUCUUCCUAAUGACAAGAAACAGAAGCCCUAUCCAUCCAGCUUUCUGUCAUCCUUCCCUGGGUUAGGGUUAGUUACGUCCUCCCUGAUAGUUCUUCCUGCAGCUGGCUUUACCCUGGGACCCUGGCUCUCUGGGUGGGUUGUCUGUACAUUUAGGGUCUCUGGACCCCUUGGGGGCAGUGUAUACAGUGGGUUCCGUCAGUGCCCUGCAGGCCUGAAUAAGCAGGAACCUUAGUGAACUUUUUAAGGGAAUCAUCACCUAACUGCUCAAUUCCCUGCCAGCCAUUUGUGGUUCUCCCUGUUCCCAGGUCUUGGCUUUCGUAUGCUCAGGAGAAGCCACAAGGGGGGGGGGGGGGGGCAUGUGCCUCUAGGACAUUCCGACCAAUAUCCCUGCCCAAGCACUGAACCCUCAACACCUAUCCUUGGUCUGCUUCCCAGGCCCUCGGCUGCCUACCUGCUUCACACUCAGGAAGCUUCUCUCCAAUGGCCUUGUUUGUCCACUUCUUCUCACUGUUCAAGGUGUACACUCCUGCAACAAAAGGAAAGAGAUGAGCCAAAGGAGAAACUCAGUCUGGACCUAGUGCAGGAGAGAAGGUAUUUAAAGAUAAAAAUUGAAAAAGGAGAAGGAAGGUGAGGGAGGGGCAGGGAAGAGGAGGAAGGGAGGAUCGCUGUCCUAGAAGCCAAGUGCUGGGACCUAGCGAAGCCCAGCAGGACAGAACCGUGGUCCUGGUGGUCAUGGUGAGGCCAUGCAGGGUGGGAUCAGGGUCCAAAUCCUUCCUCUACCUCUUGCAGGCUACCUGACCUCUCUGUGCCUCAGUUUCCUCAUCAGCAAGUAAUAAUAAUAGUAUCUUUGUAGAGGGGUGUUAUGAAGACUAAGUGAGCAAAUGAAUGUAAAGCACUUACAACAGUGCCAGGAAAGUAAGGACUUCCAAUGUCAUCACCAUCACCAUUGUUGGUGCUUUUGCCGCAUCCUUUGCCAGAUCUAGAGGUAGCUCUCACUCGGAGAUGGGUAGGCUAUGUGGCAUCCCCUCCCCUUAACAAAAGACAAAGCUUGCAGCUGAGCAAAGUUAAUUUGCCCAAAAGGCCACAGCACUGGGAACAAAACCCCUUAUUACAAUCUGCAUCUCCUGGCUCUGAGGAUAACCCAUGAAUUUGCUAGCCAGUCACCCUGACUCCACUCAUCAUGGAAAUGCCAGGAUGAGGAGGGCACAGGGACACUUGUCCAGGUCUUACCAUCGCCUUCAGUGCGCAGCCUGUAGUAGGUCUUACACUGAUAGCGAACCGAGUGCUCCACGUAGCCAUUUGCAACCUCAGGGGCCUUUGGGCAGCUGUCAUCUGCAAAGAAAAACAGGAAGAGGAGGUUAAUAUUCAGAAAUGGCUCUCAGAGACCCAUGAAAAGUCAGAUGAGAGGAAGCUGCUCUGUACGUCAACCUUCCUCCAUUCCAAGUGGAAGUCAUGCAGUGGGCAAUCUUUCCUUAUUUCUGGCUGGCUCCACAAGGUUUUAACAGUAGUGAAAGGCCAGCGAGUAGGAUGAGAAGAGGGUAUUUGGGUCUCCUGAAGAAAGGGUGCAGAUCUCACAGGGUCAGCCACAACAGGCGCUGGGGUGCACAGCGUCUGCCCCACCCAAAGACCUACCUGCAUUUUCUGGGUUCUCGUUGACAGUGUCCACUGCAAAAAGCUGCCCCCAGAGCAGGAGGGUGACAACAGUUCCCAGGGCGCUGCAGAGAGAAGACAGGAAGGAGUGCAAAGCUGCUCUCCCUGCUUCACCCUUUCACCCCCCACACAGACCUCCCUCCCUUUAGGCAGCCAGGAAAUAAAAUAGCCACGUGCAAGCACUGGGACCCACCAAAUGCAUCCUUUACAACUUCCCAGUAGACCCAGGCCCAGGAAGCUCUCUGCUGCUGGGAAUUCUCCAUAAGCCUCAGGCAGGAACCACCAAGAUAGGGAGGCACACAGGUGUGUGGGCCUCAAUUUCAGAAGCAUUAAUCUAGUAAUACAUGGGCUCUCCCGCAAGGGGAGGCUUCCCUUGGGCACCUCUGGAGUGCCAGGCUAUGAGCACACUCAGAUAAAAUGUGGACUGCGGAGCCGGGAACGUGGGGAUUGACUGCUAGUCUCUCCACUUUUCAAAAUUCCCCAUAAGGAAAGGUUUUUAAAUAUUUCAUUUAAAAUACUUAUAUAGUGUGUGUCUUAUUUUGUGAUCAUUUGUCUUCGUGAAAUGGUAUAACCCCAAAAUGCCAGCAGGUUCCCUGGACCAUAACUGGCUCCCUGACAGUAUGAGCGGACACGGGCAUCGAUGCACAGGCCACUCCUGCCAGUUACUCAUCUCACUGACAGAUGUCAGCUCCUCGGGGAUUGCUUGCUUAAGUUUCUAGUAUGGCUACUUCAACAUUUCCAAAGUCUUUUUAUAAAAUCGAAGUGCCUUAAUUGUGUCAUCCAAAUAUGCCACUAUUGGUCUUUCUUAUUACACAUUUUUUAAAGGAAAAAAAAUCUAAUACAUUUAAAAUCCCAGCUACUGUCAUCUCCUACAAAGAUAAAAACUUCACAACCUCUGCCCUAGGUGGUUUUUCUCAGUGGUUAGAGCAUUGCCUGUGGACUGAAGGGUCUCAGGUUUGAUUCCGGUCAAGGACACGUACCUCUGUUGCAGGCUUAAUCCCUGGCCCCAGUUGGGGCACAUGCAGGAGGCAACCAAUCGAUGUGUCUCUCUCACAUUGAUGUUUCUCUCUCUCUCUCUCUGUCUCCCCCUUCCUUUCAUUCUCUCUAAAAAAAAAAAUCAAUGGAAGAAAUACCCUCGAGUGAGGAUUAACAAAAAAAAACACACAACUUUACAACCUCAAGGAAAAAAAGAUAUUUCUUAAAGUAAGUCACGUCUCCUGAGAAAGACGGCAGUAUCAGAAGGCAUUACCUCUUAUGGGUGCAGAAAAGCAGAGGACUUAACACACUGCGCCCUUCAGUUGACUAUAAUUUAGCCCAUUUACCCUCUUUCUUCGUUGUAUUUUUGCAUCUGUUCUGUAGGCUUGUCAUGCAGCUAAGAGAGGUAUGCGAAGGAGGAUGAGAUGAGGAACAAGAGAAAGGGAAGGAAAGUGGGCAGAGCUGUGGACUCACCGCAUCUUUGGUUGGUCCUGCCUCUGGAAGAGCAGUGCUGUGGGGUGCAGCGGCUGGUGCUUUUAUGCCUGUAAUAUCUCACCCACCCCUUCCCGAUGUUGUAACCCUGUGUCUACACAAGUUUGACCUUGUUAAGGGCACUGGCAUUUUCCAGUAACAGAGCCACAAACAUCCCCGUUAAGAGUGGAGCUCUUGCCUCACGCUUGAGUUUUCCCUGGUGUUCUUUUACAAACCCAAAGACACCUGGCCCCAUCGUGACCCCAGGUAGCUAGCUGCCAGAGAGUUUCCCGAAAACAGCCCCUGGGCGGGCUGGGGAAACAAUCGAUCUGCACCUCCUUGUUUUGGAGGGUGAAAGCACUGAAAAAAAGCCCUUCUUUGGGGUUACUUCAAACCCCUAUGAACACUCCUGCAACCGGGCUGAGAUGGGGCUCUAAUAAAGAGAGCAUUUCCUUUUCAAGUAUUUUCCCCAUCCUGUGUUGACAUCUUCCUAUUGCUUCAAAGCUCUCCAACCUGAAAUCAGUACAAUGUAUGUAUUGUCUUCUCUGAUUGCUAUUUGCAAGAAAGCACACAAAAGUGUUAACACAAUAGUGUGGACUGGCACAUACCAUACUCAAUGGUAGUGGUUCUCAUGGUUUUAUAGACCAGUAAUUAAGACACAGACAGAUGAGAAGGUGUGUAUGCUUCAGUCAGAUGUUUGCACCUGCUUAUCCCAAUUACUAUUCAACUGAAAUUAAUAGCAACUCAAUAAAAGAUUGCUUUAUUCAGUAAAAAUAGGUAAGCGGGCCCUGGUUGGGUUGCUCAGUUGGUUGGAGCAUAGUUCCAUACAUCAAAAGGUUGCAGGUUCAAUUCCUGAUCAGGGCACAUACCUAGGUUGCAGGUUCGAUCCCCAGUUGGGGCGCAUGGGGAAAGCGAGCAAUUGAUUGAUGUCUCUGUCUCACAAUGAUGUUUCUCUCCCUUUCUCUCUCUUGAAAAAUCAAUGAAAACAUAUCUCAGAUGAGGGUUGGGGGGAGGGGGGUAAGUGGUUCUUAAAUUAGGAUGUACAAAAGAAUCACUUUGGGAUAUUCAUGGUGACACUGAGGUAAUAUCAAAAUAAUUAGAAAUAGCCCUAGCUGGUUUGGCUCAGUGGAUAGAGCAUUGGCCUGCGGACUGAAGGGUCCUGGGUUUGAUUCCAGUCAAGGGCACAUGCCUGGGUUUCAGGCUCGAUCCCCAGUAGGGGGUAUGCAGGAGGCAGCUGAUCAAUGAUUCUCAUCAUUGAUGUUUCUAUCUCUCUCCCUCUCCCUUCCUCUCUGAAAUCAAUAAAAAUAUAUUUUUAAAAUAAUAAUUAGAAACCUCACAAAUGUCCAUUAAUAAAGGAAUGUGUGAAUCAGUGGUUCUCAACCUUCCUAAUGCUGCGACCCUUUAAUACAGAUCCUCAUGUUGUGGUGACCCCCCGACCAUAAAAUUAUUUUCAUUGCUACUUCAUAACUGUAAUUUUGCUACUGUUAUGAAUCAUAAUGUAAAUACCUGAUAUGCAGGAUGUAUUUUCAUUGUUACAAAUUGAACAUAAUUAAAGCAUAGUGAUUAAUCACAAAAACAAUAUGUAAUUAUAUAUGUGUUUUCCGAUGGUCAUUCGACUCCCAAAGGGGUCGUGACCCACAGGUUGAGAACUGCUGGUGUAAAUUAUGGGUGGUAUAUUCCUAUAAUGGAAUAUUAUACAGCCAUGAAAAAUGAAUGAACUAUGAAAGAACCUGGAUAAUCUCAUCAACAUAAUUUUUAAAGAAUACUGCAGAUUUCAGAAGAUAUUCAAAUGACUCCACUGUUGCAGAGCUCAGAGUCAAACAAAAUUUGGCAAUAGAUUAUUAGCUAUGACACCAAAAUUGCAUACAACAACGGGG